AUGAAGUUGCUCGCCACCGUUGUUACCCUCGCUGCUGCACGAAAAGACUCAUGCAACAACACUCCACCAGAGGGAACCAUCAUCCUCGGCCAUGACGAGAACUUCAACUACGCCGUCACUGCCGAAGACGUCGCCAACUGGUCCGCUUGUGGCCCCAACGCCGACUGCACCAAAAUCCGAGGCUGGAACUUCGAGUGUGCCUGUAAAGAAGGUUUCAUCGAUUACGCCCCAGAAGACUACCGAAAGGGCUCGUGCUACGAUUCCUGCUUCACCGCUGUCAUCCCAGACAACUCAUCUUGCGAUGUCGAUGCUGACGGCAAUGCUUUCUGGACCUGCGAUGACGGUUACUACCAGUCUUCCGUAGAAAUCGAAGGAUCCGGUUCCGGAGACGCCGAAUUCGAAGACGUUUGCUUCUUUGACUCUUGCGCUACCGAUCCAUGCGCUGACAACGCCGACUGCGCUGCCGAUGGUGACUCCCACGUCUGCUCCUGCUCCGCUGGAUUCUUCGACUUCAACGGUGAUGCUUCACUCUGUGUUCCAGACAACUGUGCUGCUGGUACUGGUGGAUGUGAUGCCGACGCUACCUGCUCCGUCGAUCUUCCCGAUGAGGACGGCAACGGUCAGAACUCCUGCACUUGCAACGCCGGCUUCUACGGCGAUGGAGAGGAAUGCUUCGUCGACUCUUGCGCUCUGAGCCCAUGCCAAGAUGACGCCACCUGCGCUAACGUUGGUGAUGACUUCACCUGUACUUGCAAUGAAGGCUUCUACCUCGGAUACGCUCCAUAUGAAGGUUCCGGUGAAGGUUCCACCUGGGACGACCCAGCAGCCUGCCACGUCGAUGUCUGCGCUUCCGCCAACCCAUGCGAUGUCGAUGCUGCUUGCACCAACAACGCUGAUGGUUCCACCAGCUGCGCUUGCAACGCCGGCUUCUAUGGUGACGGAUACGAGUGCUUUGUCGAUUCCUGUGCCCUCAGCCCAUGCCAGGCCGACUCCACUUGCGCCAACGACGGAGAUGACUACACCUGUACUUGCAAUGCUGGUUUCUACUACGGUACCGUGUCUGUCGAGGGCUCUUCCGGAGACUGGAGAGACGAGGACGCCUGCCAUGUUGAUGUCUGCGCUUCCGCCAACCCUUGCGAUGCUGAUGCUUCCUGCGCCAACAACGCUGAUGGCUCCCAGACUUGCACUUGCAACGCCGGUUUCUACGGUGACGGAAUUGAAUGCUUCGUUGACUCCUGCGCCCUCAGCCCAUGCCAAGCCGACUCCACUUGUGCCAACGAAGGUGAUUCGUUCUCUUGCACUUGCAACGCCGGUUUCUACGAAGGCUUCACGACCGUUGAAGGAUCUACUGGAGACUUCCGAGACGAGGUCGCUUGCCAUGCCGAUAUCUGCGAUUCUGCCUCUAACCCAUGCAAUGCUAACGCCUCGUGCGACAACAACGCUGAUGGUUCCCAAACUUGCACUUGCAACUUUGACUUCAAGGGUGACGGUGUCGACUGUACCGAUAUUGGUCUCUUGAACCAGGCCGAGAUCCUUGCUAGACUUUCUGACUUCGACUCUGACGCAGCUGGUAUCGACGAUCCCAAGAUCGCCAAAAAAUUCAACAAGGCCAUGGGCAAGUACCCAACCAGCCAUGUCGACAACUACGUGUCUGAGUGCAUGAACAAGCGAGAGGAUCUUGCUACCGCCAACAACCGAUUCCUGAAGCGAUGGGCCUGCGUCGACCAGUGGAACUUUAACGCUGAUGCCAAGGACCUCAAGAAAGAAAACAAGAACCUCCGAAAGAAGAUGAAGAAGGUCGAAAAGAAACUCAAGCAGUUCUCGAGCAAGGUCAACGCCGCCCUCAAAUGCUAA